AUGAAAGACAAUGACAUUUACGAGUCCUCUGAAUUAACCAUUGGGGACAAGACUGUUGGGUACCCGAUUAAAGACAAUGAUAUUUACGAGUCCUCUGAAUUAACCAUUGGGGACAAGACUGUUGGGUACCCAAUGAAAGAAAAUGAUAUUUACGAGUCCUCUGAAUUAACCAUUUGGGACAAGACAGUUGAUUACCCGAUGAAAGACAAUGACAUUUACGAGUCCUCUGAAUUAACCAUUGGGGACAAGACAGUUGGUUACCCGAUGAAAGGCAAUGAUAUUUACGAGUCCUUUGGAUUAACCAUUGGGGACAAGACUGUUGGUUACCCGAUGAAAGGCAAUGAUAUUUUCGAGUCCUCUGAAUUAGCCAUUGGGGACAAGACAGUUGGUUACCCGAUGAAAGACAAUGACAUUUACGAGUCCUCUGAAUUAACCAUUUCGGACAAGACAGUUGGUUUCCCGAUGAAAGACAAUGAUAUUUACGAGUCCUCUGAAUUAACCAUUGGGGACAAGACUGUUGGUUACCCGAUGAAAGACAAUGAUAUUUACGAGUCCUCUGGAUUAAUCAUUGGGGACAGGACUGUUGGUUUUGCCGAUGAAAGACAGUGA